CAUCUUGCGCCUAUGGGCCGCUAUAACUAUCCAAGAAGACACUCGAAAAAGGAAGGAUAAACAAACCUACCCGGUGGACUGCCGAGCUACAAGUCCUACGACACAGGAGCGGGAUUCUCUAAAAAGCCAAGGUCUUGGGUGGCCAAGAGGGCCCACUUGGAGACUUGGGAUCUCAGCAGGAAAUGUGAAGGUUGUUUAAAGCCGGCCGAUAGGCGAAAGAGAAUCCAAAAGUUUUGUUCUGAUCUGAGUAGGCUCAACAUAGGGAAUACCCUAACCCUGGGAACCGGGGCAUAUAAAUCCGCUUAUGGCAUUCACCCAAGCAUACAGAGACAGAUGGAAUGAAAGAAAGAAAAAGUAGCUCCGCAGCUCGCCCAGAAGAAGAAAGACCCGCCGCUAACGAUUUGGAAAUCCGAAUUCAUUGGUUUAGCCAUUCCAAUAACAAUUAGUUCCAUACCUUGGUCUCUUCCCUUGGUCCAUAAUAGUCAAAUGAAUGAUCUAUCAUGCAGAUCCCCUAUCGGCAAUUCUCUAGUUUACAAAUAGGCCUCUGAAUCGAUUCACCGACAUCUGAUCAUUGAUACCGACAUCAGCUACUGAUAUCUAGACUUGGUGCAAUCUAAUCGAUUAUUGGGAAUUGGAAGUAGUAGCUCUAGCUGAAAGAAAUCCCCCACCCAAGUUAGGUAACUAAUAGGCAGGCACCCCAUCUAAUUAGUACUUUAGAGUAAAGAAAAGACUGUUCACUUGCAUUCCCGCACCUCAUGAGUAUCUUUCGACCGAGGAUCGCCUGACAUGUUCCGCUCUUGUUAAAGAAGCAUAUCGAUCAAGUGUCAAUUCGUCGGAUGAGACCUUUGCUUUCCUUCCACAGGUUAAUGAGCGCUAUAUUCGGGAAGUACAGGAUACCAGAGAAACUAGCGAGUAUUGGGGUGGGGGCACUACUUCAGACCGCUUUGCUUUGGACUUGCUCUACCUUAUAAAUUGGGAAAUGGCUAUCAUCACAUCGAGCUGUCUACUUCUGAUCCAUAGGAGGGAGUGAACCGUUAUGUUCCUGAAGUCAGUAUUGGAAACACAGGUAUCCAGAGCUAUUCUUUGAGCAGCAUCGACCUAAUUCCUAUGUUUUUCCGAAGAUCAUUCAGGGAAGAGAAGAAGACAUGGGAAAGAAGAGCACGAUUGUAAGUAGGCAUCAAUAGAUAGAUAUGAUUGGUUGACGAAGAUUGGCUUCUUGGGCCCCCGUAGGGCUAUGUUGCUAUGCUGCUAGAAAGAAAGGAAGAGUUCGAUGUCCAUCAGUUCGUGGUUUCGGAGAUUGCUUACCGACUUUCAUUCAUAUCUGAAAAGAUCAAGGGUGCCGAAGUCUUCAUUGAUCCAAAGAAAGAAGCUGACACAGGCAAGACCUGGAUGAUCGAGUUAUCAUAUUGACUUGGGUUAUGCCAACUUGUGUUGUGUUUUGUAAUCAGAGCUACUUGUCCUUGCGUUGCCCAAGAGAAGUCAUCUUUGCUAGGCUGUUUUUCGGUUGUCUAGCCAUGCGUGGGAGCGAAGAUAACUCCAAACACGUUCUGGUAGAUGAGGGGAGACUUGCUGUAUCCAUUUCCCUCUCUGGCCAAUGAUUUGAGGAGCUAGCAUCAGAUGGUCUAUCGUGGCCUUUUUCUUGAUAAAAACGUAUAAAAUGAAGCGUAGAUGAGACACUGUUUAGCGAGGAACUUGUGGAAGGCUUGGGCUAUCCUCGUACUCUUUGGUACUGACUCAUUAUUAUUAUGCGGCAAUCAUAUCACUGUCUUUAUCGACUCCAUGCAAAACAUGUUCAUUGAAUUUGAUAGGCCUAAAAUGGCUUUCAUUAUGACCAAAACUACUAACAUGCAAAAACUGGUAAUAGGCCCGCGGAUCUCUCUGGUUAUCAAUGCUAUUUUAUUGUGUUCUGUAGCCUCGCUAACCACAGGCGUGGAUCCACAAGAACAGAAGAAGCAACAAGAUCGUGCUUCCCUGCUUUAGGAGUUUCUUCCACCGGUGUGCCUAUAGGGAGAUAAUGACUCUCCUAAAACCCUUAUUUGCGGUUAAUUGUUAAUUGGAUCUACACUUUUGUUGGAUCCACAUCUUUGAAAGAAGACUAGUUUGGCACGGGCGGGCUAGAAAGACUUCGAGGAUAAAACCGAUCAUUCAACAGAUAAGGUCCUUUUGGGUGACUCUGGAGCAAAUCUAUAGCAUCAGCCAGUCUAGCGCGUUCUAACCACUAUCGCUUUCGUCUUGUAAAAGUUUAAUAAAUGCGACUGUGAAUUAGGGCCAGUAGACUAGAACUAUAAAUUGACCCGGCGUCGACGCGUAGCCGCUCACCAUUAUGGUUCUAUUGGUUCUCAUCGAAGUAUCUAAAUGGUUCUAUUGGGGUUCUCUUCGAGAUAUCAAAAUAUUAUUUGGAAUUUACCACCCGUGUGGAGCCUUGAAUGCGACUCUAAAUUGGAUCAGUCACACCGGGCGAUCACUCUCCUGGAGAGCUCUUAUGGCUCUCAUGUGAUAACUAACUCGCCUUCCCUAAGUCUUCGCCUAACUCGCCUUUCUCAGAAUCUUCUGAAUCGGGAUCCGUGGUUGCGUCUGUUGGCAGUAGCACUUCUUCAUUGUAUUUGUGACUUGGCUUUGUCCGUUGACAUUCUAACACAUUGGCAUUCUAAUCUUGGAUUAUUUCUUAAUAAAUUCGACCCGGAAGGCUUUUUAGCUGAACAUAAGGAGUGGUGUGCGGACCCAAAGGCAGUUACCAAUAUAUCAUUAGAUUAGUGAAUUCCCACGCGCCAAACAGGCGUCACCACACUGCCUCCCAAAGGCUUCUUUUAGGCUUCCCCGCCACAUCACACGCUUGCUUGCUUUUGCUAAUCCGAUCCAGAAAAAACGAACAUUCUCCCACGUGCUUCGGGCCUUGCAAUAGCAGUAGAUGCUACAGACGUGGUGUCAUUAUCAGUGAUUCCUCAAUCGAUCAGAAGAAAGGGAAUAUAACCUGCCCCUCAUUGUCCAGGUUUUCUUUGAACAACAUCGGCCGGACAAGAACAAAGGUUUUCACCUGCUUCGUCCUGGGAAUUGUUCGAGCUACAUUCCGUUCAGACUAGAUAUCCGGAAUCUAGUCCUCUCUGUCCUAGCUUAACAACCGUUUUUUUUUGUCUUAAGACAAUAAACCACUUCGUUUAGCCUGCCAAGAGUCGCAUUCCUAACAACAGGAACAUCUGAGUUUAUCUCACUAUUUGCAUUCUUAGGUCCGGACAAGAACAAGAGGUUUUCACCAUCGUCUUUGCGCUUUGCUGGAACUAUGUAAGGUUUACGCUCGUGACUUCACGAGAUAGUGAUUCUCCUCACGACCACCAUUUCAUUUACCUUCACCCCGGGACUCAGGAACAACAUCUUAGAACCUGUUUUAUCCUCUGAACAACCAACAACAAACACUAGAAUUAGAGUUAUAAACCUUCCGAGAUGGCUUCAUCUAUUGCUUCUUUGUUGUCUUUCUUAUCUGGCAGAUGAAAACGGGAAUCUUUUUCUAGAUUGUGUGAGUGGUCAGUUGUGAUGGAGAACAGGGGAUUCCCAAUCCAAAAAAGACUGGCUUCUUUUCGAAAACUUCCAUGCCAGCUAUGUACCCAAACCUAGCAAUUCUAGAUUCUCCUAGUAAACUGCAGGUUUUUGGGUGCUAAAAAAGGAAACUUCCACGCCGGCUAUGCACGGGAACCAUCCGUUAAUCCGUGUGAACCAAGAAGAGAAAAUCGAAGCUUUUGACACGCCUGUCUAGCCAAUCCAAUAUAUAUCUUUCGUAUCCCUGCUAGCGUAAAUGACACACUAUUUUUGCGAGGAAAGUCACCUUGCAAACAAGCACGAUUCCCUAUGAAAGUGAAAGGCAAUUUUUUCCCGGGACACAAGAAGAGUGCAGGAUAUAUAAAAGAGAACUUGCGGAGGGCGAGACAAGUUCAGUCAUGAUUGCAGAAUGUGAGGACUAUUUAGUCAUUGAAGAUGAAGAGUGUUAUAGUGCGUGAUGAUGCUUUGACUUGGGUUGUGGACUCAGGUGCGUCCUUCCACAUCACACAAGGAGUUUUUCGAAUCCUAGACCUGUGGCAUCAAUGGCUCUGUGAGGAUGGGAAAGAGUAGAACGUCAACAAUUGUGGGCAAGCCACCUUCACAAAUGGUGCGAAACAAACACAAAAAAAAGGUUGGUGCUCGAUGAUGUGAGACAUUCAAUUCAAAAAAUCUCUUGUCAGUAGUGGGCAAGCUUUAUGAUAUUGGCCAUGGCAGUUAUUUUGGUGAAGGAAAAUGGAAGCGAAGCGCUUCUUUGAUUGUGGCUCGAGGAAUAAUUGCUUAUAGAAAGAUGUAAUAGAAAUACGAAUACGAAUGUAAUCAAAUUAUCGACUCCGGGUCCGCCAUUCCUUAAUCAUUCCUUAAGCUUAAAUAGCCGACAUUCCUUCCGCAGCUGACUCGUUCAUCCCCUUCCAUUCCUGCUCUAUAGUAGGGGUUAUGUCCCCCUUUCCUAGUGAGAGCAAUACGCAAUGCUGCUACGAAUAGAGAUAGUGCCCUAUCCACUGCAAAACGGUACUCUGCUUCAACCACACGGUAUGGCUCCCUCAUUUCAAACCAAGCUGUAGACCGAGUAGGAAACAGCUAAAGGUUCCGGUCCAAAGGUAAGAAGAUCCGUUGGUUGGAAAUCCGUAUCAAUUGUUACUGGUUCUCCCGUUCUUGGUACUGUGUCAUGUGACUCUAAAGCCCCAACUAGGCUAGAUCGAGAUCUUGGUCCUUGCUAGGCUUACUCGCGUAAAUAACCCCCAUGUCUUAGGUGUUCUCGGGGGUAAGCGAGUCAGUACAAUCGGUUGCACAACCGUCCAGUCCAUAUCAUAAUUGUCAUAAUCAAUCAUAUCAGUAGGUGGCAUACUUGCCUGCUCAAGUCCAUCUACUAUGGAUGUGGGCUUGGACCAAGCCAUCCCCAAACACUGAACCGGAUCUUGAAAACGGGACUGAACUGAAUCCGACUUCUUGGUAGCCCAGUGGCUUUUGGUCCCCAUCGGAAAGUGCUGAAUGGAUUGCUCCUUGCCCAACGACAAAAAGAAAGAAAUUUAGGAGAGGAUUGAUAGGUUUAAGCAUUCAGGGCUGGUCGCUCUUAUGGAUACCUGUGAGCUAGAGUCGGGAAUCGAAAAGGAGACAACGGAAGCCGUACAGAUCUAGUUGGGAAUGCUGUUCAUGCAGUGGAGAGCGUAAAUGACCGGCCCUUGAGGCGCGAGUAGACUUAUCAUAUAGAAAGGAAAGAGAUAAGCGGAGGGAGGAUGGUUUGAUGAUAGCCAAGAUCUCCAUCUCAUUUGUCACUCUCGUAUUCUUAAUAGGAAUCGGCAAGCAGAUACAACCACUAGGCCAUUGCCAUUCGACUAGUCUAUCAGAGUAUCCUACGAAGUCAGGUCCAGUAGGCGCAGGAUGCGCUAAGCCAUUCGAUCUUCCUGCUGGUGGUCCACCAUAGAGCUCCUAUGUAGCCGUUUGUUUUCUCGCUUAACUAAUUUGUAUGAGGCGAUACAGCUGAGAUCAGCCAACGGUUCGAGCACUUAGCACAAUGUGCCACUUAACCGGACGAGCGCAAGACCGGGUCUACCUACCUUAUGACAUUUAUGAAAAACGAACGUUGUAUUAAGGGGUUUCUAUCAGUUAGUAACAAAGCCGGCAGUAUCCUUGAAUUCAGGGGUCAGCUACGGGAGGUAUGUCUCCAUGUGUGCCGAAGAAGCGUCUAUCAUUAUACGCUGUUUAUCCAAUCAAAAACUUCUUCGUUUAGUUGGUAGAACCCACGCCAAUAUCAUAUUGACUCUCUCUCGUCCAAUAAGAGUUUCCGAGAGUUACUUUAUUCAAAUUCUCUCCUUUCCAAAGCUCCACAAGGAAAAAAGAGUAAUAGGACAACAAUAUUGCUUUCAUUUAUUUUGAGUUCUUUCUUUGUUGAGAUGGAAAUCGACGUUCUUUUGAAAAGGGCUAGGUAGUUUGCACGCAGGCAAAACUUCUUCAUGAAAGGUAAAAAAUAGACUUGGAUUUCAUGGGUUUCUUAAUGACUAGUCGUUCGUUUGAAGCCUUAAGAAACCGGCAGAGAAAGCGGCAGUUUUUUUUUUCCGAAUGACCUUAUUUCGAGAAUCAACUAACCGACAAAUCCGUAGCCCAGGUGAUUCGCUGCCUCCCUCUCGCCAAAAUGGGAUGAAUCUUCUCAUGCAGCUUUUUGAUUAUUCAGGGCGCAGCGAAGCCAAUUUCCAUCAAGGCAAGGGGGUAAAUAAGGGGGAAGAGGAGUUGUAACGAUAGAAAAGAGAAAUGACUAUAAGGAACCAACGAUUCUCUCUUCUUAAACAACCUAUAUACUCCACACUUAACCAGCAUUUGAUAGAUUAUCCAACCCCGAGCAAUCUUAGUUAUUGGUGGGGGUUCGGUUCGUUAGCAGGUAUUUGUUUAGUCAUUCAGAUAGUGACUGGCGUUUUUUUAGCUAUGCAUCACACACCUCAUGUGGAUCUAGCUUUCAACAGCGUAGAACACAUUAUGAGAGAUGUUGAAGGGGGCUGGUUGCUCCGUUAUAUGCAUGCUAAUGGGGCAAGUAUGUUUCUCAUUGUGGUUCACCUUCAUAUUUUUCGUG